ACCCCUUCCUUCCUCUCCCUCCCUAAUCCCCACUAAUGCUGACACCUUCCCGAUGUCUAUUUAUUACGUUCCUCUCUGUGUCUCUCUCUCUCUCUCUCAUAUUUAGUGUUCAUACAUAAAUUACACAUCUAGUCUAGUAUUAAAAGCAAAGCUUCUCUCUCUCACACACACGCACACCAACGAUCCAAUCUAGUUACCAACCAUACUAAAACCUUACACGGUCCCUUUGCUACGUCCCAUUUCCCCUUCGAAACAUAUCAUGUCAUAUCAUAUCAUAUAGUUGAGUUUGAGUUUCCGUUCCCUUCCCUUCCCUUGCAUUGCUGUGUUGUGUUGUGUUUUGUUUUGCAGCGCUACUUACUUAGUACUAUUAGUAACUAAGCAUACAUCCAUCCAUCCGUCAACUAAAAAGGCAAACUAAAUGGGUCCUUCACGUCCCUCCAUCUUCUUGUUGCUGUUUUUGUCAAUGGUAGUGCGUAUGUCAGCCUCACUUGGUAGUUCUAGUUCUGAUUUGGUUGAAUCAGAAUUCUUGAAGGUUCCAAUUUCAGAGUUUGCAAAUUCAGUGAGGUCCACCAUCGACAUGGUACAGCAGGUGGCCUCCCUCGUCUCCAGAUCCGCCGGUGUAUUCGGUGGUUUUCGCCUUUCUAAUGCCAUUGCCGACUGCCUUGAUCUCCUCGAUCUCUCCGCUGACGAAUUGACCCGUACUCUCUCUGCUUCUCAGUCUCCCAAUGGUACGUAUGGUAAACAUAACAGCACAGGAAAUCUAAGUGCGGAUCUGAGGACAUGGUUGAGCGGGGCACUAGGCAAUCAAGACACGUGCAUAGAAGGAUUUGAUGGUACCAAUUCCAUUGUCAAGAAUUUGGUGGCUGGUAGCCUCAACCAACUCACCUCUUUAAUCCAAGACAUUCUCCUCCAGGUUCGCCCACUUCCCGAUUUCAAAGCCAACAACCACAAUGGUGGUGGUGGUGGUGGUGGUGGUGGUAGGAAGCUUAAGAACGACGACGACCCUUUUCCGUACUGGAUCAAAUCAAAGGAUCGGAAACUCUUGCAAUCAAGUACGAAUGGGAAUGGGGUGCUGGUGGCGGAUGUGGUGGUGGCAGCAGAUGGCAGUGGUAACUUCAGCAAGGUGAUGGAUGCAAUAUCCGCGGCACCAGAGUACAGCAGUCGCCGCUACGUCGUAUAUGUUAAGAAGGGGGUGUACAAUGAGUAUGUGGAGAUCAGCAAGAAAAAAUGGAACCUCAUGAUGAUCGGAGAUGGGAUAGACGUCACCGUUAUAUCUGGCAACCGUAGUUUCAUCGACGGUUGGACCACCUACCGUUCUGCAACAUUCGCUGUUAAAGGCCAAGGCUUCAUAGCACGUGACAUGACAUUCGAGAACACGGCAGGACCACAGAAGCACCAAGCAGUGGCAUUCCGAUCAGACUCUGACUUGUCGGUUUUGUUUAGAUGUGCUAUAAGGGGAUUCCAAGACACACUCUACGCACACUCCUUGCGCCAAUUCUACAGAGAAUGCCAGAUCACCGGCACUGUGGAUUUCAUAUUUGGCGAUGGCACUGUCGUGUUCCAAAACUGCCAAAUCCUAGCCAGGUUAGGCCUGCCUGAUCAAAAGAACACCAUAACCGCCCAGGGCCGUCAAGACCUAAGUCAGUCCACGGGCUUCUCUAUCCAAUUCUCCAACAUAUCUGCGGAGCCAGAUUUGUUAACUUCAUUGAACUCCACGUACACAUACCUUGGACGACCGUGGAAGCUCUACUCGCGAACAGUCAUCAUGCAAUCGUACAUGAGCAACGCCAUAAGGCAGGAAGGGUGGCUAGAGUGGAAUGGGAAUUUCGCGCUGGAUACCCUCUUCUAUGGUGAGUUUAUGAACAAUGGACCAGGGGCGGGACUGGGUAGCCGGGUCAAGUGGCCAGGUUUCCGACCCAUGAAUGACUCAGCUCAGGCCUACAACUUCACUGUGGGUCAAUUCAUUCUAGGAAAUGAUUGGUUGCCAUCAACCGGUGUCAAGUAUACUGCGGGAUUGGGGGUUUAAAUUCUUGUGCGUUCCUUCCUAGUAGAGCUGUUAAAAUAUUAUAAGCAUACCAUAAUUGCAUUACUAAUUGUUAUAAUUCUUGUGUGGUAAAUUUUUAUUGAGCACGAUGGAGAAUUGAUUUGUGGUGACCAUAUUACAUAACGUGUUGUAUGGUACUACUAGUUAUUUUGUUCAUUUUGGGUAAAGAUUGUGGUGUGCCCUUUGAAAUUUGUAAUUCCACAAAGUAAAAGAAUUGGCUAUUUUUUAA